AUGGCGCGCAUGUAUGGUAACGCUGACAAAUUGACCCCUAAUUAUAAUUGGCAGUGCCCCCAGUACCCACCUGACGAUGUGGGCAACUGUGACAGCUGGGGUACUGUCAGGCAGUGCCCCCAGUACCCACCUGAUGAUGUGGGCAACAGUGCCAGCUGGGGUAGUGUCAGGCAGUGCCCCCAGUACCCACCUGAUGAUGUGGGCAACAGUGACAGCUGGGGUAGUGUCAGGCAGUGCCCCCAGUACCCACCUGAUGAUGUGGGCAACUGUGACAGCUGGGGUACUGUCAGGCAGUGCCCCCAGUACCCACCUGACGAUGUGGGCAACAGUGACAGCUGGGGUGGUGUCAGGCAGUGCCCCCAGUACCCACCUGAUGAUGUGGGCAACUGUGACAGCUGGGGUACUGUCAGGCAGUGCCCCCAGUACCCACCCGACGAUGUGGGCAACUGUGACAGCUGGGGUACUGUCAGGCAGUGCCCCCAGUACCCACCUGAUGAUGUGGGCAACUGUGACAGCUGGGGUACUGUCAGGCAGUGCCCCCAGUACCCACCUGAUGAUGUGGGCAACUGUGACAGCUGGAGUACUGUCAGGCAGUGCCCCCAGUACCCACCUGAUGAUGUGGGCAACUGUGAUAGCUGGGGUACUGUCAGGCAGUGCCCCCAGUACCCACCUGACGAUGUGGGCAACUGUGACAGCUGGGGUACUGUCAGGCAGUGCCCCCAGUACCCACCUGAUAAUGUGGGCAACAGUGCCAGCUGGGGUAGUGUCAGGCAGUGCCCCCAGUACCCACCUGACGAUGUGGGCAACAGUGACAGCUGGGGUAGUGUCAGGCAGUGCCCCCAGUACCCACCUGAUGAUGUGGGCAACUGUGACAGCUGGGGUACGCAGUGCCCCAGUACCCACCCGACGAUGUGGGCAACAGUGACAGCUGGGGUACGCAGUGCCCCAGUACCCACCCGACGAUGUGGGCAACUGUGA